CGAAGCCUGGGAAGAGUUUCAACCGCAAAGUAAACUCACAGAAGAAAAAGAUAAAUAUUUGCUAGAAGUUAAUUUACCGGGAGAUGAGGCUAAACAGCAUUAUUCAGAAAUUUUCUACGGAAAAUUUUAUCGGGAAUUUGCAUUACCAACUCAAGUCAAGAAAGAGAAAGUUAAGGCUCAUUAUGAGAAUGAAGUAUUGACUAUGACUGUAACCAAGGACUCCCAAGGCCAUGCCCACCAAGAAAAUAACGGAGUAGAUACCAAUGUGCGAAUUCUACCACUAAAUUUCGCUGCUGAUGGAAGCAAUAUUGAAAUUGUGCGGAUUUAUUUUAUCAUGCACGAUGAAAAUCAGAGACAAAAAUUAGAUAUUCUAGAAGAACAAAAAACUUAUGAACUAAGUUUUAGUGAUGGGGAAGUAAAAGUAAAUAAAAAAGAUCCGAAUUUAUCAUCAAAGAAAAGUGGAGGUCAUUUUGCUUCUGCCAGUUCUGCUGCUGGUGCUAGCGGUCCCGAACCUGAGAAAAAAGGCCCAUUUGUUCUAGUGAAUGAAGAAAAAAAAGAAAUAAGAGAUAGUGAAAAUACUGCCGAAGAAGAAGCAAAAUCGCAAUCCACUAACAACACAUCCAAUUUUUAA